AUGGCCCGGAGGACCAUCCGGGGGGUCGAUGAUCUGGCUGUUAAGAUUGCCUUCCAGGAUCUGGCAUCGCAGAAUGAUCUGGAGAUCCAGGGCGCAAUUUGCCAGAAGAUCCAGGAUGCCGUGGACAUUUCCGACGUCUUCAACAAGGCUGACGUGCAACUGUGUCUGCUGUCCCUGGAGCUUAAAAUCUCUGCAGUCGCUAGCUAUCGCUCGGGUUCCAUCUGGGGGAUCAUAGACGGCUUGCACUUCGAAGUGGAAAGCGCCGCUGGUUGUUUCAUAUGGGCAGAUGGAUUGGCAGAGAUUGGUCAGAGCCUGCACCCUGACUUGGAUGCGCAGGUCGCAAUCCAUUCGGGGAAGGCGAGCCCCAAGACUUUGGUAUAUGCCGUGCCAGGAGCCUGGACAUCGGGCCUGCAGUGGCGGCCUGCAGUAGUCUGGUGGUUCGAAGUUCGUGCGGAAUAUCCUGCCGUCUAA